CAGCAGCAUCCGUGUUUUCGAACUUUUAGGUUGGUAGGGCGUCAGAAAAUCGCAUGUCGGCGUCGCCUCGAGUCUUCAGAUGUCGAGAUACCCGUAGGAAUAACUGAACCAUGGCGACAGCGUUAGCUGCCCAAUUGGCGCAAAUCGCCGCAAAGUCGAAGACAUCUCUCGACGUUAAAGCCCAGAAGGCCGCGCACUCGAAGUCGUUGAUCUUUGAACCCCGAGUGGCCGCAUCGCAGAGCUUCCAGACUCUCUACGGAAUAUGUCGCGAAGGCUUCGAUGAGCUCUGCCAACUCGACCCUCGCUUUGUUCCUUUUGGGACUACCAUCUUCAGCGAGCAGAGCCAGCAUGAAGAUCGCAUUCAGAUGACUGAGGCCGAAAAUGCUGAGCUUGAUAAAAGGGUAGAUUCUUUUCUUCACCUCGCUGGCGCUCGCCUGCGGCUCAUGCCUGCUAUAAAAGCAAUCGAAUGGCUUAUCAGGAGGUUCAGGAUUCAUGAAUAUAACACAACGACUAUUCUAACGACUUUCCUGCCAUACCACACCAUUCCAGCUUUUGUCACCUUACUUUCUAUACUCCCAAAAGAUCUCCCGCAAGUCUACAGUUUCUUGGACCCUUAUAUCAAGUCGUUGAUAUCGCCUCCACGAGCAGUUUUGGUCCACCGAGCCAUACACUACCCAGACUUCCUCACCACCUUAUCCACAUAUACACUUGACACAUGCCGCGCUCAACAGCAAUACCCCGCGUUAAUAUCAUUCUGGGCUGGCAUUAUGACUGAAGCCGUUAAUGGAAUAUUGGACAAAGGGCGAUCUGGUCGAAGUACCAUACAGAAAAGCAACGACCAAACUUUGUUUCACUUGAUAGGACCUACUAUUAGGGAUGCUCUAAUUAUGUCCAAAGUUCCUAGUCUGCAAAUCGCCUGUUACAUGGUGGUUACCGUGUAUGUCGCAAAGGGUGACUUGGACGAUGGCACUAUCAGUGCACUGAUGGAACAGCUUGUUGCAGGAUGGACUGCAGAUAGUCUGCGUCCUGGAUUGGUUUGCCUUUCGAUUCUUGCCCAACGCCGAUCCGCAAAACAAAUGUCGGCGAAGGUGACAAGAGCCUUGUUAAAAGUUCAAAAUUUGCCUGAGCUGCUCGCCGAUAUUGGCAAGGAUCAUGACCUAGGAAAGUUAGCCAAUGGCCUGUGUCUUGCAUUGAUAGAUCGAAUCUGUAAGAAAGGCGACUCCAGGGGCCUCCCUCUCAUCGAGCCGCUUCUACUUGCCUCCGUUCUAAGUCAGCAGCAAGCCGGUGUUAUCUUCAAAUCAUUAUUACUAGCUGCUUACAAAGUGGAUGACCACGUUGAUGAACAGGGUGAAGCUCGGAAGAAUCUGGCGUCUACAAUCAUCCGGCUCUCUCAAGUCGAGUCAGACGUUCGUGAUGUCUUUACCCAAGCUAUCAACGAUACACAAGUUGAUUUGGAUGAAUUGGAGAUGAGACUAGAUAUUCAAAUCCGUCCGCGACUGUUACCUGCACCGCCGACCAACGAUGUCGAGAUGCAGGAGAGCAUUGAUGCUCAGCCUCAAACUGAGAGCUUCAAGGCUGCUGUUGAAAGAGUUAGCCAAGUUCAAACGCAAGCGGCUGGAUCAUGCUUGAGAUCAAGAUCUUUGGAUAUUUUUGGUGAUCUUUGCGCUGUCUACUUGACUGGGCUAGCGGAUCCGGGCAAUGUUGCUAUCUUCGACGAGAUUCCGCCUCUUCACCGCGAGCAGGCUAACAAAGAACCUUUUUACUUCUCGUUUCUCAUGAGAAUCUGGUGUGGGCCUUAUCCGACUCUUGCCAGAGUUGGUGCUCUCGAUAUGGCAAAGAAUCGUCUGAAGGAGAAUGAUUGUGCUAGUGUCGACUAUCAAGCUAUUUUCCCAUACGGCAUAGCAGCUUUGAAUGACCCUUCUAAAAAGGUCCGGCGAGCCGCCGCAGAUCUCAUUGCUGUUCUGGGGAGCUUUUACGCUGAUGCUGCCUCUGUGGCACACAAAUGGGGACGGGAGACUCUUUACGAUAAAACCGAGUCUCUCGAGUGGAUGGAUCUUGAUACUUGCCAGAAGUUCGUUCGCACGGUCCUUCUUCCUUCGUUGGAAGAAUGUGUGCUAAACGCAGAUUAUAUUAUUGCGAUGACGAACAAUGCAUUGAACAGCGGCUCCAGGAGUUCUCUACAACAGCCUGAAAGCGACAAAAAAGCCCGAUUUUCACAUGGUACGCGGCGUUCGAUUCUAGCAUUCCUCGCACUGCAUGCCGUUUACUCUCCUCUGUUGAUCCUAAAACUUCGUCUCGGGUCAUGCCUAAGAGAAGUGAAGAGCAUAUCAGGGAUAUCUCGCACCCAGCUUCUCCUUCCACUGUUAAAACAGUGGGCUGGUUUGUCGGCUGACAUGGCUCGUGAGCUAUGCUCAAUUGAGAAAGUUGAGGAAUCGGCGGUAAACCAGAGCAGCCUCGAAGUACUCUUGCCAAAUGAGAAAGAGGGUCUUGAGUUCAUUCUAGAUGCGAUCCAAACUAAAGAGAUUCUGCCAAGACAUAAAUUCCUGCAUGCUGCUUUCAUUCGCAUCCGGGAUCUAUGGCCGAGCAUGAAGACGGAGACAAAACAUAUUGUGGCACAGAGAAUGUUAGAGUUAACGCAGAAGGACUGGUCAGACCAUCGCAGCCUAGCCUCUACAGAGGCUGCUGAUCUUUUACGAAAUGUAGAGCUUACAACUGACAUCUUAUUAUUCUUUCUGGAAACCUUGGAGCCAACUACUAAGAUGGCAGACGAGCCCCCACCAGGUAAACGAAGGCGAACCAGUUCCUCAGAGACUCAUCGAGGGCUAGGUACCCAGGCGACGCCAGAAGUAACCGCGACACUAAAGCAAGUUACCUUCGUAUUACAGCUAGUGGAGGGAUCCAAUCCCGAAACGCAUCCCGAACUUCUCAACGCACUCUUCAAUACAUUGUCCGAGCUUCAACAUUUCCGUGCUUUGGUGGGUUCGGAGCUUGGAUAUCUUCAAAGCCUCGUGCUUCGAAGCCUCCUGGCGAUGGUUCCUGCAUAUAAAGACAAUGCAGACCUCACCAUUGACAGCACGGGUGGCCAUGGGGACCUCCUUGUCAGUUGCAUUCAGAAAUCAUCGAGCCCUGCUGUCCAAAGCACCGCCUUGCUCCUUGUUGCAAGUCUUGCCAAAGUUGCCCCUGAUCUGGUACUGAAUAGUGUGAUGCCGAUCUUCACGCAAAUGGGUACAUCAGUUCUUCGACAGAGCGACGACUAUUCUGCCCAUGUCAUUAAUCAAACAGUCAAAGAAGUUGUUCCCCCCUUGAUCCAGUCCCUUCGUAAAGGCAAGAUCAGCCCUCUCGCUGGUUCGUCUGAGCUGCUUCUCAGCUUUGUGACCGCCUAUGAACAUAUACCUUCUCAUCGAAGACUUGGCUUGUUUGUCUCUCUUAUAGAGACUCUUGAUGCUAGAGAAUUCCUAUUUGCGCUUCUCGCCAUGCUUACCAACAUGUACAGUCCCACUGACCAAGUCCUGUCGUUCGCCACCGAGGUCUUCAACUACUUUACUGUUGAAAUCCAGCUUCAGUCUCUGAUCAAGCUUCUUAACUUGAUAAAUGAUAUUUUCCAACCACGGCCAAAUAUUUCUGCUGUACUUCUCGGCGCAAGCGAUCAAAGUGAACGCGAUCCGGAAAAAACGGGUCUAAGCGAAUUAACCUUGCUCCCGCGCCUGCUUUCGAGCAGGAAGUUGACAACCCAGAUCAGCAAGCUAGCCGAGCGAGAUGACAUGGAGGCGUCUAAAAUUCGUGAGCUGUACUCUACACUGCUGGAGGACUUAUUAGUCUUAGCAGAUUCAUUGAAACAGCGCAAAUCAUUAUAUAACUGCUGCGGCGAUGCGCUUUCUAAACUUUUGAACCUUCUCUCAAUCGGUGAAUUUAUCAAGGCAGUCGAGACGCUACUUGAUCGGCCAGAUACAAUUCUCCGUCGCAAGGUAUUGAAGGCUGUCGAAGUGAGAAUCAACCAAGAGAGCCAAGCCGAUGGCAGCUCAAGAAUAGCACUACUCGCCUUUUUACCUCAGCUUACAGAGAUUAUUAGAGUUUCAGAUGAUGUUGCAUACAAGCACAUUGCAGUUGGUUGCGUGGACAAGAUUUCCGAGAAGUAUGGCAAAAAGGAUCCUGAAGCCGUGGCAGCUGCUGCCUCAACCAUUGCUGGGGACCAAUGUCUGGGCCAAGAUGACUUGCAACUUCGCGUCAUGGCCCUGUUAUGCCUGGCUUCGUUGGUUGAUGUCCUUCAAGACGGCAUCGUGCCAGUACUCCCAUCGGCCAUUCCGAAGGCCCUUACUUAUAUAUCUGAAAGUAUUGUUGGCGGCUCUCAACUUCCAGAGCUUCAUAAUGCUGCAUACGCCUUCGUCACAGCGCUUGCACAAUACCUACCAUAUAUGUUGUCAGGAUCCUACUUGGGACAAAUAUUAGCAGCUUCUAGCGCCUCAGCUAAAGCAAGAAUGGGAAAGGAAGCCAACGAUGCUCGUUUGCAGUGCCUUCAUUUUAUUGCUAAACAAAUUGAAGCUAAAACCAUGUUCAUGGCUCUCGAUAAGAAUUUUAGCACAUAUGCCGAUGCUGGCCACACGGCUACACGUGAAUAUCUCAAUGUCUUGGGGAUUGCAAUCGAUAAACACUCGAAAGCUGACAUUUCGAAGAAUGUCACCAUCUUGUCCUCUAUUUUCCUCAACGCCCUUGACCUUCGUCGGCUACUUCACUCACAGAAUAACAUUGACAGCGAGUUUGUAAGACACAUUGGCCAGGUCGAGGAAAUUAUCAACAAUGUCGCACUUAGGAUGGUCUAUAAGCUGAAUGAUGCUGCCUUCCGGCCUAUAUUCUCUCAGCUAAUGGAAUGGUCGACAGGAGUGCCGAAAAAGGACACUGUUGGGAAGAAUCUUCGGCUUCUCAGCGUAUACGGUUUCCUAUUAACAUUCUUCGGCAACCUCAAAUCCAUUGUAACCAGUUACGCAACUUAUGUUGUUGAGGGCGCCGCUGGUGUGCUCAAAACAGCCAACCCCGCAAGUGCAGAUGAACGUGAGCUCUGGCGAAAAGCCUUACAGGUCUUGGCGCAGUGCUUUGAGCACGAUCAGGACGAGUUCUGGCAAGCGCCAGCGCACUUCAGCGCUGUUGCACCUGUCCUUAUAUCACAGUUCGCCCACGCUCCUUUAGUUGACCUGACGAAGGAGCUGAUUCCUGCUAUUGUCGAAUUAGCUGCGACUGCAGACUCUCAGGAGCACCAGAAAGAGUUGAAUACCUCCCUUCUGAAGAGCUUACGCUCUGGACAUGCGCCCGUGCGUCUCGCUGUGGUAAAAUGCCAACAAGCACUCACAGACAAGCUGGGAGAGGAGUGGCUGUCUAUGUUGCCGGAAAUGUUACCCUAUAUUAGCGAAUUACAAGAAGAUGACGACGAAGAUGUGGAAAGGGAGACGAAUCGCUGGAUCGUGGGAAUCGAAACUGUUCUAGGGGAAAGCCUAGAUGCAAUGCUUCAAUAGAUAGCCGUGUGUAUAUAUCACAAUCAAAUACCAUUGUCAAUCAAGCCUAUGCUCUUAUA